AUGAACAAAGCAAUUACAGCAGAAGAGACAACGGAUACAUUUCUUCCAAAAGACAAAGACAGAAAAGUGAAAAUGCCUCUUACACAAAGAGCAAAUCAGCACAUUUCAACCGAAAGCACAGGAUACAUGGCUAAUGUUCGACAUAAAUAUGUUGCCUAUAUCAUAGCCCUUAGGCCUUUGGGCUUAGUUCCAUCUCUAACUGCUACAGCAGUAGGAACUGCAUUGGCCUACCAGGUGGACACAACUGUUGAUGUCUUCAUCUUAACUCUCUGCACUGUCAUUGCAGUAGCUAUGCAUGGUGGCUCUAACUUGGUCAAUACAUAUUAUGAUUUUCUCAAUGGGAUUGAUGAUAAAAAUACUUAUGACAAAACAAUUGUAGACAGAAUUCUUGAGCCACAGGAUGUGAUCAGAUAUGGAUCUUUUCUGUACAUCCUGAGCUGCUUGUGCUGUAUAGGUUUAUGUCUGUUGUCUCCACUCCGACUGGAAUACUUGGCUUUAAUGCACUUUUGUUCUGUCUUCAUUUCAUUUCAUUACACUGGAGGUAUUGGAUUGAAAUAUUUUGCACUUGGUGAUGUUGCCAUGUUAACCGUGUUCGGACCUCUGUUAGUGACAUUUGCUUAUUCUGCCCAAGUGGGACAUCUGUCUGUUGCACCAAGUCUAUAUUCAGUUCCUCUUGUCCUAAGUGCAGAGGCUAUGCUGCACAGCAACAACACCAGAGAUAUGCAGUCUGACCACAAGGCAGGAAUUGUUACCCUCGCCAUCCUGAUUGGACCGACUUUAUCUUACAUCCUAUAUAACCUUUUGUUAUUUGUACCAUACAUCAUAUUUUGUAUUUUAGCAUGUCGUUAUUCAUUUAUUAUGGCUUUGACACUUCUUUCCUUGCCUAAGGCAUUUUCACUGGAGAGACAGUUACGGACCCAAAAUUAUGCCACUAUUUUUGAAGAAACUGCCAAGCUUAAUUUAUUAAUUGGUUUUUUAUUCACUUUAGCUUUAAUAUUGUCUCCAUCUGGGAGUUUGCCAAAAUUAUAG